CCUGGAUUUUGUUACAUUUGUGGAGGUUCCUCCUAACCUUCAUGCUGGCAACAGUAGAUCUGGUUUCUGUAGCUGCUUCCAGUGCUGGAAGAGGAUCUCCAGCUGUAACUCUAGUGCAGUUGCCUUCUGGUCAAACUGUUCAUGUCCAGGGUGUCAUUCAAGCCACACAGCCCUCAGUCAUUCAGUCACCACACAUGCAAGCUGUUCAGGUAGCAUCGAUUGCAGAUGAAGCUGCACAAUCAGAAGUGAUAAUUGAUUCUCAAAAACGUAGGGAAAUACUUUCAAGAAGGCCUUCAUACCGAAAAAUUUUGAAUGAGCUCUCAUCAGAUGCACCUGCAGUAGCGAAGAUUGAAGAAGAGGAGAAGUCAGAAGAUGAAGGAACGCCUUCUGGUAUUUCUGCAAUGGCCAUGCCAACCAGCCUGUAUCAUACUAACACAGGGCAAUACCUUACCAUAUCUCAAGGUGGUACAAUUCAGACUGUGACAAAUUCGGGAGCUCCUCAGCCAGGCGCUACCAUUGUGCAAUACGCAGCACAGUCAUCUGAUGGCACGCAGCAGUUUUUUGUUCCUGGAAGCCAAGUUGUUGUUCAAGCUGCCACUGGAGACAUGCCAGCUUACCAGAUUCGAACUCCCACUACUACCUUACCUCAGGGAGUGGUUAUGGCAGCCUCGCCAGGGACUUUGCACAGCCCUCAGCAAAUGGCAGAAGAGGCAACACGCAAGAGAGAGCUGAGACUUUUGAAAAAUAGGGAAGCUGCCAGAGAAUGUCGCAGAAAGAAGAAAGAAUAUGUCAAAUGUCUUGAAAAUCGUGUGGCUGUGCUUGAAAACCAAAACAAGACUCUCAUUGAGGAACUCAAGGCCCUCAAAGAUCUUUAUUGUCAUAAAGCAGAAUAACUGUCUUUCAUUUGGACCUCCUUUAUUAUGAACUUUAAUCAAGGCAUGAGAGGAAGCAAUUCUACAGAUUGCCAUAUGAACUUGAGAAAGAGACACUUGAGGCCCUUGUGGAACCCAGUUUUGCUUAGUGUUUUCAGACUGAUUUGGGAGAUAUUCCAAAAUUUGGAAUUCUGUCAUAGUCUCCAUACUCUGCUGAGCUUUCUAAUGGCAUGCAAAUGGCUUUUUUGUUUGCACUUUUUACUUCUGCUUUUUGCAGGGAAGCUGCUAAAGAAUGUCGACGUCGGAAGAAAGAAUACAUAAAAUGUCUGGAGAGUCGUGUUGCAGUGCUAGAAGUUCAGAACAAGAAACUUAUACAGGAGCUUGAAACCCUAAAAGACAUUUGCUCUUCCAAAACAGAUUAGUAAAAAUAUUUAUUAUACUGUGAACUAAGAUAUGUCCAGUUGCUUUGUAAGACAAUACAUAGCCAACAUGACUUAUGGCUUUCUCUUUGUGUCAUUUAUAAUAUAUUCCAACUCCUAACAUUCCUGAAUGCUUUCCUGCUUUUUGUCAAUUCAUAGCUCUAAUUUCAGGUUUUUCAUGCACCAUCCUUCUGUCUCCCAAGGAGCCAAAUGUUAAAAAAUAUAACAAAGUAAAAAAGUGCAUAAUUUCUAAGAGCUGUUUCUUUGCCAUAUAUUUACAAAUUACUUUUUACAUGUUACUGAGUGUCCUGCCCAUUCAAAAUAUUUUGCAAUUGUUUUAGAUGAAUCAUAAAGAUAAUGCAUCCAGUAAUACAAGAAAAUCAAACAACCCAAGGUAUCUCAGGAAAGAGUUUAUAAAAGAAUGUUAUGAUUAUAUGUAUGUACUAGCAUACUAGUCUACAGAUGAUUUUAUGGCAUAUUUUUAUAUUAGUUGCUUUGUGGAAAAAAAGUAUUGUAUUGCUGUCACUGAGUGCCAUGGUUAAAGAUAGUUUUUAAUAGAACCAUGUUGUUUAACCUGUGUAGUGUCUGAUUUCCUUUAAAAUCCUGGUUGAGAUGCUUUAAAAUCCAUAAGUAUCUGAAAGAAGACAAAGGGAAAAAAGCACACCUAAGCUCAUGACAUGAUGCUAAAUAUAUUGUAAAUACCUGUAAGAUGCUCUCUGUUAUAUGGCUGCUAUUUACUUAAAUUUUCUGUUAUCUGCAGAAUAUUUGAUUCACUGGAGGUCUAUAUAUCAAAAUUUAAAUGUUCAUCCUGAAUACUUCACAUUCCAAAUCCUGUACACCUGUAGAUAGUUGCCUGCAGUGAAGAUUGAUGGUGCAGUUCUUUUCACAAUUUCAGCAAACUACUGAAUGGUUGGUGGUCAAGGUGUCCUAAGGAAGGAAGCUUUCCAAUAAGUAACUUUUUGCUGAUUCACUGAGUUCUGGAGUAGCCUACGGAUGAGAGCUGAGGGUUUUUAAAAUAAACCCACAUUUAAACCAGAUUCCAGCUCUCGUAAAUGCACUAUGUGCCAACUUUCCAUUGUGCUUUGAAAAAACUAGUGUAUAUGCAAAGUUGCUUCUGGGUACUUUUUUAAUUCAGGAGUGAUCUAAUUGUUUGGCCACUACAGUCUGAGCAGACUAUUUGGGAGCUUUGCUGGAACUAAUGUCCUUACUGAUGUGGUAGGAAGAGAGGCCUAUUUCCUGCUUAAUUUGCUUUACUGAGGGUGUGUGUGUGUGAGAGAGUGUGAGUGUAUGGAAGGGGAGGAGGGAUGGAAUCAUACUGAAGUCAUUGAGACUUCCUAAUUUAAUUUAAACUCAAUUUGCAUUUAACCCUCUUCACUCUGACCCUGUUGGGGUGGGUUAGUUUAUGUAUAUGAUUUUUUUAUUCUUUCCUCAAUUACUUGAAAUACACAGGAUAAUUUUCUUGAAUAUUUUUGAAAAUCCCACUAGGUACCUAAGUGACACCAUUUGUAAGAAGAGGUAUUCUCUCUCACUUCCUGCAGCCACAUCAGUUGAUUUAAGGAGGUAACAACAUACCUCUGGCCUCUAAGGCUCUGAUGCAGGUUUGGAACAAAAGUAAAGUAAACUUUGUAAUAUCUUCUUCACUGUGAAAAUACAUCUGAAGUGCUAAGGUCAGAAGAAGUCAAAGGUUCUGUUCAGGUUGGACAGGAUGAAUGCAAUCUGCAGGUCCAUUUUGCAGCCUCUGUAGUGCAACAAGUGAGUUAUUUGUUGUGGCUCUGUCACUAAAGUCUGUUUUCUGUUACAGGUAGGCAUUGCUCCUGACUCACAAGGGAUUUGGAAACUUAAAUAGAGAGAAACUUGUGUGUGUAGUAGAUAUGUCUCCAGUAAAAAGUCCCCUUUAUCUUCACAAUAGUGUCUGGUACUAACUACAGUUAGAAAUUUGAUGGGAAGAAUCGUUGUCUAUUCCACAACUGUGUAGUUGAUACUCAUUUCUUUACUAGUAGAAUCAUAGAAUGGUUUGGGUUGGAAGGAACCUUAAAGAUCAUCUAGUGUCAAACCCCCAUGCCAUGGGCAGGGAUGCCACUCACUACUAAAUCAUGUGGCUUAGAGCUUCAUCCAACCUGGCUUUGAAUGCUUCCAGAGAUGGGGCAACCACAUGUUCACUGAGACUCUUGUUGAGUGCUAAUCUCUGAGUAAAGAAUUCAUUCCUAAUAUCUAAGGUGAAUCUCUCCUCUUUUCUAUAUAACCAUUGCACCUUGUCCUGUCAUUGUCUACCUGUGUAAAAAGUUCUCUUGUUCUUUCCUGUAAGCCUCCUGUAAGUACAGAAAGGCUCAGUGAGGUCUCCUGGAGCUUUCUUUUCUCCAGAAUGAAAUAGCCCAACCAUCUCAGGCAGUUUUCAUUGGAGAGGUGCUCCUACCCUGUGAUUAUGUUUGUGGCACUCCACCAAACCUGCUCUAAUAGGUCCAUGGCUUUCCUGUGCUAGGGCCCCCAGAGCUGGAUGCAGCACUGCAGGUGGGGUGCUGCCAGAGCAGAGUGAAGGGGCAGAAUCCUCUCCCUCACCUGCUGCAGAAUCCUCUCCCUCACCUGCUGCCCACCCAGCUUUGGAUGCAACCCAGGAUGGGCUCAGCCUUCUGGGCAGCAGGCACACACUGAAGCAGUGAUGGAUGUGGUGCAGGAAAAAGGCCUUUUCAAUACAAUAGUAUUCUUUGUAUAGAAACAUCAAGUGAAUCUGAGCUGAUUUAUUACAAGAGAAUUUGAGCACUGCCCAAGUUUGAUAUGGCAGAACCAAGAAUUUUGUUUUUUCAUUAUCAGGACAAAAGGCCAAAAAAAAAUUUGUGGUUUUUGCCUUCCUGUUAGAAAACUGCAUUUCUAUGGUAUGAAACUCCUUUCUUGCUGAAACCACACAACUGCAAAUUUCUUUGAGACAGCUAGAGGAUUAGCCUUUGAGGGAAAGUGUGUGUACACAGGCCUGCAUGGAUUUUAAGUUUUUGUUUUCAAAAUAGAUAUUCAUGUAGCUCAGGUAAAAUAGUCUCUUGUAAAAUGUCUUCAGCUUCCUAGACUUGUGGUUGAUGAGGAAUGUAAUAGUCAGCUUCCUCUUAAGGUACAGCAUUGAGUCAUAGCUGUUUCCCUCUUCAAGCAGAUGUGCAAAGACAAAUCUCUAUGGGCUAUCCAGACGGAUCUCUCUUGACUCUCUAAAACAGUCUCAGCUGUUCUGGCCAGUGAAGAAAGGGAUUAAAAUAAGUAUACUGUGUGAGUAGGUGUGGAUUUAGUUUCUUUGGGAGGACUUUUUUAUUGAUAUUUCCACAGAUUUUGCCGUUUGCAAGAAUAAUUGCAAUUUUUUUUUUAUUUUUUGGCUGCACUGAUACAGUCCUGAGGAGUACAAGUUAUCUCCUGGUUGGUUUUCCUUCUGUUCUUGUCACACAUAAUUGCUGAUCUGUACUGGUACCCUGCAGACAUCAGUGUAAUAGCUAAAUUCAGUGUGAUCUUUUUCUGAAUUAAAUAUCACUUCAAAGAAAACUAAGGGGUCUGCUCAGCUUCUGGUUUGGAUUGACUCAUUUUGCCCACAGUUUUUUCCUGUUUCAUCCCCUUGGUAUUUAGUGUGUGGGUGUGUACAAGGCAAGACUGUAUCGAGUGCUGAGCUGUGAAGCAGCGACAGAAGUAACUGCCUUUUGGUUGUCAGCCUUUCUGUAGAAAAUAUUGUCAUGUGGGGAGGGGGUCUAGUUUUUUUGGAGAUUUUUUUUUAAGGCACUAUGAGGCCCUUGUGGAUGAGAAUAACAGUGAUCUCAUUAUUCCAGCAAAAGUGUUCUUGAUUUUGCUUGAUUUAAUAACUGAGGAAAAUAAUUUAGGUAAAUUCUAGUGCAAUUUGAUAGUCUGUCAUACCAACUGGAAAUGGGGGGUAGCAAAAAUCAAUUUAUUCUUCUGUGUCUAGUGAAUUUUUAGUCUAUUUUCUCAGGUUUCUAUUUUUUCUUAAAUCUGAGUUAGAACUUCCUUCUUGCAACAGGCUUGUUCAGUAUGAAGCAAAAGCUGGGUAUAUGCACAAAGUCUGAGAGAGUAGUGUGUGAGUUGAGUGCUGCGUGUAGACUAAGGAAAAAAAAAACGUAUUCUGUGUGACUUGAAUGGAAAAAACAGUGGAGGAAGUGUCUUUGUUAUGGUAACUGCUGAGCUUUUUCCUCUCUUUUAAUAGCCUUUGUCAAUGAAAUCAGGUGUGAUUAAUACAUCUUGUGAAUGGAAUUAUGGCUAUAAAAAUGUCACAAUUCAGAAAUCUGCUUAUCUAGCCAAGUCAUUGUUUUUGUUUUGUGGCUUCAAAAAUACGAUCUCCAAACAAUCUUGAAUGAGGCUCUUAAUAUUCUCACUUUCAUGAUUCUCCCCUCCACCCCUUCCCAAUGUGGUGUACUCACACCAGGUAAAAGCUGCUGCAGAGUUGUUUAACAAGCUCUGUCUGGACCAAAGGGGUUGUUUUUUCUGAAAUAGUUCUCUUAAAGAAUUUUUCCCCCUAAGGAAAGUAUUUAUCACAUUUUAGCUUCCAUUAAUUCUUACAGAAGUGAGAGAACUGCAAACAUAUUUUUAAGUUUAUUGCAUACUGAGGUGUUUUGCUUGAUGAAGUUGAUUCUGAAGAACUAGAUUCUCCAAGAUCCUGGUUGUGUGAACUAAAACCUUUCUGAAGUUUGUAAUUUGGCAUACAAACAAAAAAAAUGCUGAAAUCCUUGACACCCCUGCAUUUUUACCAGUGAAGUUGUCAGUUACUUCAAAGAUCCAGACAUGGGCCUGGAGCUGCAGCUUUCAUGACAAGUGAGUGGCCCAAAUCUGUUGAGAUCUUCAAAGCAGACAUUGUUCUUUUUCUCUCAUUUGAGGCCUGAUCUAAUUAGCUUUUCUGAAGUGUGUCUAUUGGAAAUGGUCCUAAAUGAAAAACAGCUACAGAAAAACAGGAAAAAUUAGGAUAGAUUGAACAAAGUGUUUGAAAACAGUGCUGUUACAGAGUAUAACACAAGCAGGUAUGGUAAGUUUGGAUGUAGGACUGUUUAUUUUAUAAUUUAUCAAUUUUUUGGUCUAUGUUUAUUUUAUAAUUUCUCAAUUUUUUGGUCUACAUUGGGAUUGGUCUAUGUAGGGAUCAGAGCACUGCAGUAUUGAGCACAGGAUGAAAAGUGUCAACAUUUCAAAAUCAGUUCCACUUUCUUUUGUUGUAUCUUGUGUAAAUUUUAACCUACAGCUCCCUCCCUCACACUGUCAGACCUGUUCCAUACAUUCUUUUUUCUUUUUCAUUGAUGAUUGUCAUUUUCCUGAAAUACUGAUAUUGUUUCCUGUGAAAUGACAGUUGCCCAUGUUUGUAUCGCAUUUCUUCUAGUAUGUUUUGAACCUGGUGGUCAACAGCAAUUAAAGUUCAUAGGUGUGUCAAAGAUCUCUCAAAAGUUCAUGAAAAUAGGUAGUUAGCAAUAAAGGCAUGGACUUAGGACAGGAGGAGUUGGAAUGUAAGGGUUUUUAGAUUCAAGAAAACUUUCUAGGAAUUCUCUCCUCUUAGAUUCCAGAGAAUUAAUUCACUGAUUGUCCGUGAACCAUAGAAAGUGAGGUUUUGUUGCUGACAACUAUUUGUAUUUUUCGAGGAUAUUUGAUUAUCUGUAGAUUAUAAUAUAUUUGUUUAAAAUGACAAUUUGUUUAUAGACAAAAUGUAUUUUAUUAAAAAGCUUGAAUACCUUGCAGACCCAAGUUAUUGGGUCUGAUGUUGUUUUCUGUGUCUUCAGCGAGCCAGUGGUAGUUGAAUAAAGGACAGUGCAAUGUAUCCUGAUAAAAUACUUGCUGGAUGCUCCCCCAGAAGAAACAGUUACUGACACACUUUUUUUUUUCUUUUUCCCACACUUCAGCUGGGCAAAUAUGUUAAAAAUAGACUAGUUUUGAAAUACACUAUCUACAAGAAAAAAUACCCACUGCCUAUACUGUUACAUUGUAGUAGCACUGAGUAGAAUCUCAUAAUUCAGACUUAAAUUUGAAAUGCUGGUAAUUUAUGACCUUCUGGGUAAAGUUCAGAGAU